AUGAGCAUCACUUACAAGCCCAUAGAUGGUACAUAUGCCGAAAUUUACGAAAAAGUAACGGGAAUUAAGAACUUCAUGUUAGAGUAUAAUCCAGGAAAACUAAUUAACAAUUUUCUCUACAAGGAUAUCGCCCAAAAAGUGUUGGAUACGCCUGUUAGGAAGGAAGAUACGUGGUUGGUCAGUUUCCCCAGAACAGGAUCGACAUGGUGUCAGGAAAUGAUAUGGUUGAUCGGAAAUAACUUGGAUUUCGACACAGCAAAAAAUACGUUGCAGCACUAUAGGGCGCCAAUAUUAGAGACUUACUCUGCUAUACAUGAGUAUAUCGAUGUAUUCAAAGAAAAAUUUACUGACUCCUUGGACUACAUUAACAAUUUACCCUCACCGAGAUAUAUAAAAACCCAUCUAAGAUCUUGCUUACUUCCCACUGAACUUCAUAAGGUGAAACCAAAAAUAAUCUACGUGUUGAGGAAUCCAAAAGACGUAUGCAUCUCCUAUUUCCAUCUCACAAAAUGCGUGUACAACAUCGAUAUACACUUCGAAUCAUUCUGCGAACUCUUUCUAAACGACGCUGUCGCUUACGGAGGACUAUUUGACCACUACUUCGACUUUUGGAACAGGCGCCACGAGAGCAACAUUCUAGUUUUAAGGUACGAAGAGAUGGUUGCGGACACCAGAGGAGUGUUGAAGCAAAUCGCUGAUUUCAUGGGAAAACCUCUUUCCGAAGAAGACAUUUCAGCGUUGGAAGAGUUUGUGAGCUUCAAGAAUAUGAGGGUCAACAGGGCAUGCAAUACAGAUCCUUUGCUCGAGGCGAAAAAUCGACAAGAGUAUUUUAAGAAGACGGGGAUUCAUUUCAUAAGAAAAGGCAAAGUUGGCGAUUGGAAGAAUUAUAUGUCGCCAGAAAUUGCUAGAAGGUUUGAUGAAUAUAUCGAAAAGCAUACUGAAGGGACUGACCUCUCUUUUGAUUGA